AUGGCUCUCAACGCUGAUGACAAAGCACAUAUCCGUGCCAUCUGGCCAUGUAUAGCUAGCCAUGCUGAGCAGUAUGGUGCAGAAGCUCUUCACAGGAUGUUCAUUUGCCAUCCUCAAACCAAGACUUACUUUCCCAAUUUUGACUUCCACGCAAAUUCUGCUAACCUAAAGGGUCAUGGCAAGAAGGUAAUGAAUGCUCUGACUGACGUGGUCAAACAUCUGGACCACCCUGAGACCUCAAUGUGCAGUCUGAGUGAUCUCCAUGCCUAUACCUUGAGGGUGGAUCCUGGCAACUUUGCACUAUUGAACAAAAAUAUCCUGGUAGUCGUUGCUGUCCACCACGGAGACAAACUGGACUGUGCCACCCAUCAGGCCCUGGACAAGUUCCUGAACGUGGUUGCUGGUUUGCUGACCUCCAAGUACCGUUAA